AUGUCCGCCCUAAAAUUGCUCCUACUGGUCAGCAAACUUCUUGAAAUACCUGGGGUUGAAGUGAGAGUCGUUACCACUGAUCAUGGCAAACAUUUUUACAACCCGGCAGAGAUUCAGGUCCCUAUCUACAGUGACAAGGACGAGUGGGAGUUGUGGAAACAGCGUUCAGACCCUGUCCUGCACAUUGAGCUGAGACGCUGGGCCAGCCUCCUGGUUAUUGCACCUCUGGAUGCCAACACUCUGGGCAAGCUGGCGAAUGGGAUCUGUGACAACCUCCUGACGUGUGUGGUGCGAGCCUGGGAUCUCAAGCGACCCCUCCUCUUUUGUCCAGCAAUGAACACUGCAAUGUGGGAACACCCGCUCACAGGCAUGCAGAUAGACAUACUGAAAGGGUUUGGAUACCGUGAGGUUCCCUGCAUCGCAAAGAGCUUGUCUGUGGGGAUGAAGAAGUUCCAGUUAUCAAGACAAAUAAUAAACAAACUCAAAAAACACAGUCCAGGACUUUCUUUGUGGAGUGAGACCCUCAGGUAAGUAGUUGCUUGUUGUAUCCCAGUUCCUUUGGUGUUGGCUUGGUAUUGUGGUUUCUUUCUCUUUUCCAGGUUGUCACGGACAUCCACCAGAUGGCGCUGUGGAGUUGUGAUCGUCCCCGUCCUACUCACAGGUUUGUACUCCCGACUGCCCCGGAGGUCUGUUUGCGGUAGAGUCGGGCCCCAACACCCAGCCAACCUUUCGUAAAGGUAAGUAAUAACACUGCUGUGUAGAUUAGAAUUAAUACAGGUGAUAAACAGUGAGCAAUGAGCGUUCUCUAACUCUCGCCUCUCUUUUGUUGCAGGUUCCACUGUUCCCCAGACAUAAAAUAAAGUUGUGUUUCGUUUAAAUCACCCUUUUUGUGUCCCUGCGUAUUUUUACACCGUUCCACACUUCCAGAUGGACACAGUUCUCCUGGGUUAAUCACUUGCCCUGUUCGUGGGCUUUUGAUACAGUCUUUAAGCACUCUGUCUGAAUACACACAAGUCCCGUACUUCAGUAGCUCCCAGCAUAUCAAAGGUAAAACACAGCGUACUCACUCUACAGCAAUCCGUGUUCUCUGCAUUGCUCCGAUGCAGGGAAGCUUGUAGUCUGCCGUGUUGUUUCAAGGUAGAGCCACCGUGCACUGUCCCGCUGUAGAAACAGUUGUUGUCUCCGACUGGUGACAAUGGUAGUCCGCAAGGUUGCUUCAAUGCAAUGCCCCAAUACACUGUACCGUUUUUAGGAACAAGUGCUAAAAUUGUAUUCCUCUGGUUUACCACUGGUUAAUAUCCCAAUCUCGCUCCCCAUGCAGCUGCCCACUUUCGUCUUGGUUAGGUACUCUCCCGUCCCACGGCUCAUGUGUGCACCUGUUCUCACCCUCCCCUCUAUCUGAUUCCAGCAGCUUUUUAAAGCUACCGCUGUUACCCGUCAUGCAAUGUGCGUUUUCCCCGUUGUUGGGAAAUGUAGUUCCUG